UAUCUCCUAUGACAUUUUAGAGCAUAAAGGAGUGUAUCUUAAGCAAACAAGUCAGACUAAAACCAUGUUAUCUUGAAAGUGAAUAUUUGUGUACUAGCUUGUGAGUGUCGUAAGGAUAUAUGCAUAUACUAUUGAACAAUGGGAGGAAGCAGUAGCAAAGAAGCAGACAAUGACAGUAGCAGGUGUAUGACGUGCAAAGUUGAUGGAGUUGAAAAAGAAGCUGGGGCUUUCUGUAUGAAUUGUGCUGAAUCUUUGUGCACAGACUGUGUUCGUGAUCAUCGUAAAAAUAAAGCUUCGCGAAACCAUAUUAUACAAGAGGGUACUUAUAAUGAUUUAGUUGUUUUAAAGUCUAUAAAAUCGAUGGUUUCUUGUUCAGAACACCCAGAGGAAGAAGUUUUAAUAGAAUGUAAAGAUCACGUGAAGUUCAUGUGUCGAAAGUGUCAUUUUGCUAAUCAUAUAAAUUGCAAUGUUAGAGAGUUAGGGAGUGAAAUUUCAGAUGGAUCUGUAAAUAACGUGACGGAUGAAUUAAAAGAAGUUCAUGCGGCAACAGUGUGUGCGAGAGAAUGCAAAGAAGAAAAAAUUAAAAUGCUCCUCGAUAAACAAAACGCACUAAAGCAAGAAAGAGAUCUUAUUAUAAAUACGUUUGACAGCCUAAAUAAGGAUUUAGAAAAUGAAAUUGAAAAUCUUGUUUUAAAAGAAAAAGAUGUGUUAGAAAGUGACAUUGAUGAAUGCAAAGCCCAUGAAAAAGAAUUAAAUUUGAACAAAGAAUUUAUUCAAAAGGUUUUGCAAACGGGCAAUUCUGUUUGGACUGAAGUUGUUAACGAUGCUGUGAGAAAGAAAACAAAACAGUUAAAAGAAAACAUAAAUGUGCUAAGCAAUAAAAAGGCCAGCAAUCUGAAUUUUAAACCAAGUGAAACCUUUCUGGCAUUGAAACAAAUGUCUUCUCUUGGAAAGAUAGAAAUGAUUCGCGAGAGUGGUCUACAAACUCCAGUCGUACAUGAUGUUGAAGUUAACUUGAAUUUCAGCAGUGAUGCUGUGGAAGACACAAAAGGUUCAACGUGCGUAAGCCAAACAGAUAUUUGUGAAGUUCCUGGACAUAAAAAUCGACGGUCAUAUCGCAAAAGACAAGGCAAGAAAAAUAGCAAAUAAAUGUACAACGCUUAAUAGCUUAUAAUAAACUGCGAUUGAUUGAAGAACAUAUCGGUGUUCAGAUAGUGCAAGAUUGUAUUUCUGUCAUAUGAAGAAACUUUAUUACAUCAAUUAAAAUAAAUCAUCAUGCUGACAGUUUAAAUCAGUAAUAUUUUCAAAAUUAAGAUAAAUGAUUUUCCAUCAUACUCACAUUACAAACAUACACAAGUCUGUCCUAAACAUAGUUUCAAUCACUUUGCUUUAUUUGUUCAGAUAUUAAGAUAGACUGUAAUGACUGAAAUGAAAGUAUUCAAAUCAUAAUGUAUGAUCAUAUGCUAUAUUCAAUUAGCUGAUAAGCUAUAAUUUUGUAAAUAUCAAUUUUCGUUUGAUAAAUAAUAAUCAUAUGUUUGCAAGUCUUAUCAUAGUAUAAUCACGAAAUGGCAGUCAAAUGGAAAUGGCCCAGCUGUAGAGUUGAAGUCAAAAAAAAUAUUUUCAAAAUAUUUGCCAUUUUACCGAAACAAGGUCAAUGCCUAUGAGUCUUAUGAAAUGCGCAGCAAUGACGUUACUUUGAUUAUUGUAGGUGAACUGAAAUUGUCUUAGGCGACAAUAAAUAAAUAAUAUUUUACCAAACGACACUCUUUGAAUCACCUUACACAGGUAUGAAUAUAGUGACGACAGCAUAGGAAUUAUCAGACUUAUAAAACAAAUUCCGGGUUAUUAUACGUCCGUAAUAUAAACUUAGUCUUAAUGAGUAAGGUAUCCGCUUUACAAAUAAACAAAAUAUAUAACAAUUAAACAAAUUACUAGCACAUGCAUACAUGUAUCUAAGGAAGCAGUAUAAAAGGAACCAUAAUAAUGAGUUGUACGUUGUGAAAACGUCAUUAGCGUUGGUGUAAACAAACUCAAAGUUUUGAAUGUUUAACGCUACACACAAUACAUGUACAAAGUCGAUACCGAUUGACUCAUUAUGUGAAUGUUUCCUCGUAUCAUGAGAAGUCCUUUUGCAAGGGAAAAGGGGGAAAUGAUAUAUCCAACGCUUGAAUGAUGUCAAAUUGGAGUAUAAAGUUCUUUGAGUUUGAAAUUAGGUUCUGGUGACAUUUUUGACAAGA